AUGUGUUUAGUGGGAGAGUUUGUAGCUGCCAAUGCCCCUGAUGAUGGAAUGUUGCAUGAGCAGCAGCUUAGUUCGAGAUGGAAGGCCCCCUCUGCUGGAUUGUACAAAUUAAAUUCUGAUGCAGCCUUCCAAGGGAUGCGGAUGGGAAUUGGAGGGAUCUUGAGGGACGAGGAGGGAGUUACGGUGGUGGUUUAUUGUUCGACGAAAAAUGGGAAGUUUGAUGUGGCAGUAGGCGAACCAAUUGCUAUGCGUUCUAGCCUUAAGACAAUCAUGGAAGCGGGUUAUAGGAAUUUUAUUCUGGAAACUGAUAAUAUCAGCUUGUUCCAUCAUUUGAAGAAAGCCUCCACUCCCCCAUGCUACUUUGGAAGUUUGGUGAAGGAUAUCCUAACACUUGCGAGUAGAUGUAAGAGAUGUGAUUUUUCUUUUGUUAAAAGGUCGGGGAAUUUUGUUGCACAUAGUUUAGCAAAGUUGAGUUUCUCUUUUAGCGAAUAUCGUGUGUGGCUUGAAGAGUACCCUCACUACUACAUUUGA